AUGGCUCCGAACGAGAAUAGCAAUGUCAAGCCAAGCCCUUAUCGAUGCAAGGUUGGAGGAGAAUGGAAAUCGCUCCAGUUUUUCUCCAAGAACCAGCAACAACUUCUACAGAGACAGACGUCUUUGCGUGGCGAUGUUGACGCGGCGAAUUCAGGAAUGACAUGCAUAGAGCACUCUGUUGGUUUUCGUGGAGAAAUUCGCUGCGAGCUUUGUGGGUUGAUUAAACCCAUUGACAUGUUUAGCAAAUCGAUGAGAAGGAGCGACGAUCCGACUUGUCUGCAAUGCACUGCUUGGCAGGAGAUCCAAGAGCCAGGUGUGACCCCUAUGCCGUUGCAGACGGGGCACCGUUCAGUUGAGGAGAACGAGGGAGACAGUAAAAGAAGAUUUACUGAGAGCACAGACUUCUUCCCCGACCCUAUGCCCCAGGUUCCCAUUACGGCCUUGUCAUCACUGGGGGUUUGUGACAUUGCUACUUCAGGUAGAAUUAGCCCAGAAAGCGGUCGUAAGCAGGCUCAGCCUGGUGGUCCCUCGUCUUCCCGGGGACCAUCAUCUGUAGUCUCGGCCCCGGUAUCAGUCGCUUCGUCUGGUACGGUGCCUCCUCACUUGGAAUCUAUUGUUGGCCAGUUGAUGCAGAACGAUGGUUUGAGAAAAUCAGGAAAUCCUGAAAACCGCAGCCCUGAAAGCAUCUCCUCUAUUAGACCUGUCAAUAUCCAGGGCCGGCCGGCUGAGAAUCAAAUUCUGUCAGUUGUUGGGUCUGAAGUGGGUUCUGAGAUGGAGGGAAGUGAUGCUGGGAAAACAAGACGGUCAAAUUUGCAUAGCCAGCUACCACCACAUCUUCAAGGUAAAAUACCCAACAUGGGGUCUCGUGCUACCUUGUUCCAAUAUGCGGUUCCCGGUACAAGCUCGCAAGGCUCGGAUGCCAGAACCAUUUCCACAGCUACGACCAUGCGGAGCGAGCAGGAUAAUGGGCAUGCCAAAACGCGCGUCCCAUACAACGCUUGGGAUAAUGCCGGUAAGCUCCAUGAAGCCAUCAAGUCGCACACUGCUUCGGAGGGCGGCACGGCAUCAACCUUGGAAUCGCGUCCGUUGCUUGACAUAGGCCACAUAUCCGACCAGCAUAUUGACCCCAAAAUUGAUCGUCAGAAACGCAUGAACUAUUGCGAUUCAGAAGAUUCUAGAUACUGA